UUUUGAGUUGGAUUUGAGUUUUCCAAGGAUUUUUUCUCCUCUUUUCAUCUGGUUCCCUUUUCUUCUAAGGCCCAAGAGAGGAAGACAUGCUGUGGUCUCUAGCCCUCCACCUAGCAGUCCUGGCUCCUGCAAGUCUGAAAGCUUCCAUCCUGGAAAUGAAAAGCGUGUCAAUCACCAUGCAGAGUGGGGAAUCUGUCGAAAUCAUUUGUGAUCUUAAACAGGAUAUUUACUACAUCCACUGGUACCGAUACCAAGAGGGGAAGACCCUGCAACGCAUCCUCCACUUCUACUUCCCCAGCUCAAAGGUGGUGCUGGACUCAGGAUUCAGUUCAGAGAAAUACUAUGCUUAUAAAAACACACAGAGGAUCUGUAAACUUGUACUUGAAAAUCUACAAGAAAGUGAUUCUGGUGUGUAUUACUGUGCCGCCUGGGAUGUGCACCGUGAUUCAGACCUCCCCUAUACUACGCUUAAAAUUUUUGCUUGUGGCUGCCAACAGCCCUGGAACACAAGAUAGACCAACUCUUGUCUCCUCACUUCCUGCCCCUGGUUUCACUGUACUCUUAACAAUGAGAAACCCUGAGCUCAAUGCCUAACCGCCACCCUUCUAUCCCUUCAAGCAGCUGCAUUCCCCCCACCUCACAGAGUCUUCCUAAACUCCAAACUAAGAUCUCCAGACCUUAGCCAAGCAGUCUGGCUAAUAACAUAGUUCUUUCAGUCUUCUAGGGGCUGGUGGAGCCCCUUCUAAUAUGCUUCCUAGGA